AUGCAUCUACUUGUUUUAGGGGCCACAGGCAGAACAGGCGUGUACGCUUGUCAAUAUGCUCUCGAGCAAGGUCAUCAUGUUACUGCCAUAGUCAGAAACAUUUCCGCCCUUUCACCACGUGACAACCUGACGAUAGUUCGUGGUUCGGUAGUGUCAGAACAAGACAUGGACAGUGUGUUAAGGUCAGCACAGGAACCUAUUGACGCCGUGGUCCAAUGUCUCAACACCUCGAGCCUCAGCCCGCCAAGGCUCAUGGCGGAUGCUGCAGCCAACGUAGUGCGUGCACUGCGACAACACCGAUCCCGCAAAGAUAGAGUCCUGCCAUGCUUGGUCGUCAUGAGCGCCAUCGGCGUGGGUGAGAGUCAUAAGGUAGCGCCGUGGCUUUCCAAUCUGUUGGUCGACUAUCAUAGCGGCACGGUAAUGAUAUAUAAAGACCACAAUGAACUCGAUGGGGAGAUUGAGGAAAAUUGCGGCGCCGAGGUCGAUUGGAUACUGGCUUUGCUGAAGAUAUUACCACGUGCUCAGGCAGACUGGGUGCUCAUUUUGCUGGAGAUAAUGGUGAGAUGGCUAGAUUCAGAGUCAAAACGUGUCAAAGCAUGGAGACUUUGUAAAGGUCCCUGA